CCACCGGGCUUGCAGGUCUGAGUUGCUUCUCUCUCCCCUUUUUCGUCCCUGAGACGAUCUCCAGGGUAAUCUCCCGGGCCAUACAAAGGCCGCCGGCCCUCCCUCCCUUCUCGAUCUUCUGAUUCUAAUCCGUUCCUUCUUUCUAUCAAGUCCAACUUGUUUGAAGCAUAUCCAACUUGACUUCGGUCAUCCACUCUCUUUUUCACACCCCAACUAUCCACUCUCUUUCUUAAUUCGAAACCUUUAUACACGGUUCUUUUCAACCAAAAAAACCCACAAACCAUCACAAUGCGUUUCACUGCUGCUUCCAUUGCUCUCUUCGCCGGCCUGGCCGUUGCUGCCCCUGAGGGCAUCCACACCGUCUACCAGACCGAGGACGUGACCAUCACCUCCUGCGCGCCCGAUGUCACCGACUGCCCUGGCCGCCAGCCCCAGACCUCCACCCCCGAGGGUGUUGAGCCCGUGACCACCCCUGCUGCUCCUCCCGUGGCCACCACCCAGGCCUCCGAGGUCCCCCCCGCGGAGCCCACCUCUGAGUCUCCCGCGCAGCCCACCAGCGAGGCUGAGGUUCCUCCCACCGAGCCCACCACCGCUCCCGCCGGUGUGCCCUCCAGCCCCAGCGAGCCCAGCCAGCCCGUCGUCCCCGGCGUCCCCGGCACCAGCAACCCCGUCGUGCCCCCCGCUGCUCCCUCCAGCAGCUCCCCCGUCAUCCCCGGCAACCCCGGCAACCCUGGCGUCCCUACCGGCCCUGCUGCCCAGACCUCCGUCGUGGCCGUCACCACCUGCGUGCCCACCGUCACCUACUCCACCAUCACCGGCCCCUCCGGCGUCUCUCCCACCGGCCCCCCCGCUAAGCCCUCCAACCCCGUCAUCCCCGGCGGCAACUCCCCCGGCAACACCCCCGGUGUUGGCGUCGGCCCCAGCGGUAGCGCUACCCCCUCCACCUCCGCCCCCGGUGCUCUCUUCACCGGUGCUGCCAGCUCCGUCUCCGGCUCUUUCGGUUUCGCCGGUGCUGCCGCCGCUGCCGCUUUCUUCCUGGCUUAAAUUUCUUCCCUUUCUUGUGUAUAGUGGUAACCGCCUCCGGGGUCACUCGAUGAGUCCGUGACCUCCAGCGUCCCGGGGUGUUUUUGUCAAACGAAGCAGUUCCAGGAUCGGGAGAUCGGUCGAUCGAGACUAGAUCUCGGGCGGUGCAAUGUCAUUUAGAAUUCGUGUGGAUAUGGGGUGUGGGAUGCAGAAGAGAGUAAUAUGACUUCCUUCUUGUGUCGUCUUUUUUCCUUUUGGUUUUCCUUUUCUUUUCUCGUCUAUAUAUCCUUUUAUAUUUCUUUUUUAUUGCUUUCUUGGUCCAUUGCUUCGGAGUUGUUUUGUG